AUGAGUUUAACGGGAGGAUAUCAUAUAUCAAAAACAAAUGGAAAUAUGCCACAUGAUGAUCUUCUUAUACUUGAUUCUGGUUCAUCACAACAACAACAACAACAACAAUUUCAACCACAACGACCAUCACCACCAUUCUAUCUUUUAAGUCAUUAUCCACUUGAACAACCACCAACUGGUAGUACAAAUCUUAUUGUUCAUUGGGGUUUAAGUCGUGAUUUUGAUAAAUAUGUUAAACAACCAAUACCACCAUCAUUAAGUGAUUUUUUAACAGAUAUUCCAUUAGCUGAAACAGCACAUCAUAAAGCAGCUUCGUUUGCUGGUGAUGCACAUGGUGGUGUUGGUACAUUACGUUCAUUAUUUGCUGGUCCAAUUAUUUCAAAAGAAAUUCUACCACUUACUGAACAACAACUUAGUGCAUUCCGUUUACAUCGUGAACCAAUACUACCUGAUCUAUAUCAAAUAUAUACAAGUUCCCCUAAAGAACCACGUUCAGCACCAAUAGCAGAAACACUUCUUCCUCCACCAGUUACAAAUCCUAUACCUGGACCUUCACCACAAGUUCAACGUGUUAUUAAUGAACAAACAUCACGUGUAUCACCAGAUGUUAAACGAAAAGCACCAGCUGAUGCAACACCUGUUAUACAACAACAAACAACAACACCCGUUGCUGGCAUUCUUAAUCGAACAACAAGUACACCAACAUUAUCAACAAAUACAAAUUUACCAUCUAGUAGUGGGCAUUUAAAUGAUGAUCAAGAUGAAAUGAAUUUAUCCAAAAGAAAAACUAAAAAAACUAAAAAAGAAAAAAAAGUUUAA